AUGGACGAUCUCUUAAUCUGUCGCGUGUGCCUUACUAAGGACAUAAAGUUAUUCAAUUUAUUUAGUUAUAAAUUGGCGGAACCGUUUGAAAUUCUAACAGGAAUACAGAUUACCGAAUGUGAUGGCCUCCCACAUCAAAUAUGCAGCUACUGCAGCGCUAUGCUUGUCAGAUCCGUAUCUUUCAAGGAGAAAUGCUGCAACACCCAAGAGUUUCUCAAGUACUCGUUGCUGGAGCAGAGAUCGCUCUCCUUGGAUUACCUACAAUCAAUAAAUAAAGAACUCAAUCUGUCGUUACCGUACACAAUCACCACCAAUACUAUAUCAAUCCAAGACCUGCCCGAUGCACAAAUAAAGGAGGAACAAAUCACGGACGUACCAUUAGAAGAGUUGAUUAAAAUGGAGGAAAUCUCCGACGACUUGCCCAAGAAGAGAGUCAAAAAAGUGUAUAAAAGGAGAAAGAGGGAAAAGGAGGAGACGCCAACGGAUUUUGAGGGUAUAAACAUAAAAUUGGAGGAAGAAGAGGAAACCAUUGUCUAUGACAAUGACGACUUUGACCACACAGCUCCAGUAGACGACAGCGACACACAGGAGGAGACAGAAGAUUUAAAGGACAUGGAAGUCAUCAUACUGACAAAGGAGCAACAGAUAGAGGAGGUGCAAGCGAGGAAGACAUCCUUCAACUACCUGAACUCGUUUUAUAAAUGCGAAAAGUGUUACAAAGGCUUCAUAACGGAUUCGACUUACAAAAAUCACAUGAUGCGGCACGAUCAACGCAGCGGCGGCUUCGCGUGCGAGGUGUGCCACGCGCGCUGGCCCGACUCGAGGGCGCUGCGGGCGCACGUGGUGACCGCCCACGAGCGCAAGUACGUCUGCAAGCUCUGCGACCACGUCGCCAGGUCCAGCCACCGAGCCAAAGAGCACUCCAAAUGGCACACCGGUUUCACCUUCGUCUGCAAGAUCUGCGGCGCGUCGUUUGCGAAGUCCACCAGCCACCUGACCCACGUGCGCCUGAGGCAUCCGUCGGACAGCAGCUGCGACCUCUGCGGCGAGUCGUUCAUAGGGGAGUACGGCCUUCGGAUGCACAAGCGACGCGCCCACAAAGGCGACCAGGGCGAAGUGGCCAAAGUGGCGGUGCGGUGCGAGGGCUGUUCCGCCCCCUUCCACAGCGCGGAGGCCCUCGAGAGGCACCUCGGCGAAGCAAAAGACGGCCUCUGCGACCCAGACGCGAGGGCGUGUCCCCAAUGCGGCGAGGGUCUUCCGACAGUUGAGGCUUUGAAGGAACACCAGCUCGUCCACCAGAAGGAAGAAACUGUCCACUGUCAGGAUUGCUCGCGCGCGUUCGCGUCGUUGCGCUCGCUGGCGACGCACCGCGCGCGCGUGCACCUGGGCCAGCGUGCGCGCGCGCGCCGCCCCGCGCCCCGCCGGCCCCCCGACAACGUGGUCUGCGAGCUCUGCGGCAAGCAGUGCAUCACGAAGGCCACGCUGAUCUACCACCAGAGGAUCCACACGGGCGAGAAGCCCUUCCAGUGCGCCCAGUGCCCCAAGAAGUUCAGCGUGCUGCAGCGGCUGCAGAUCCACGUGAGGACCCACACUGGGGAGAGCCCGUACAAGUGCCAGCGCUGCCCCAAGGCGUUCAAGCACAAGGCCGCCCUCAACAGGCACGACCGGGUGCACACGGGGGCGAAGCCCUACAGCUGCCCGCACUGCGGCAAGGCCUUCUCGCAGUCCAACUCGAUGAAGCUGCACGUGAACACGGUGCACCUCAAGAUGCCGGCGCCCUACCGCAGCAGGAAGGCCAAGGUC